UGUAAAUGCGCCAUGAAUCUGUAUGAGUAGCUUGUUGUAAAAACGGAAUGUCUCUGUGCUGACAGGCCCAAGUCUUAAACGUUAUAAAUUCAACACAGUAGCAUUUGAGGAAGAAAGACUACGAUAUAUCGGCAAACCAAGAUGGAGUGCGAGUGGAAACCAGAUGAGCAAGGACUUCAGCAAAUUCUACAGCUUUUGAAAGAGUCCCAGUCUCCCGAUACGUCCACUCAAAGAUCCGUCCAGCAAAGAUUGGAACAGCUCAACCAAUACCCAGACUUCAACAACUACUUGAUAUUCGUGCUAACGAAGUUGAAAUCAGAAGAUGAGGCGACCCGCUCUCUUAGUGGUCUGAUCCUAAAGAACAAUGUGAAGGCCCACUACCAGAACUUCCCCAAUGGAGUGUCUGACUUCAUUAAGAGCGAGUGUCUCCAGAACAUUGGAGACUCCUCGCCCCUCAUCCGGGCCACCGCGGGUAUCCUCAUCACCACCAUUGCCUCCAAAGGGGAGCUGCAGAACUGGCCCGAGCUGUUGCCCAAACUCUGCCUCCUACUGGACUCUGAGGACUACAACACCUGUGAGGGGGCGUUUGGCGCUCUUCAGAAGAUCUGUGAGGACUCAGCAGAGAUCUUGGACAGUGACGUGUUGGACCGUCCGCUCAACGUUAUGAUCCCAAAGUUCCUGCAGUUCUUCAAACACAGCAGCCCCAAGAUAAGGUCUCAUGCCAUCGCCUGCGUCAACCAGUUCAUCAUCAGUAGGACUCAGGCCCUAAUGCUGCACAUCGACGACUUCAUCGAGAACCUGUUUGCCCUGGCGACUGAUGAGGAGCCAGAGGUGAGGAAGAACGUUUGCAGAGCUCUGGUCAUGCUGCUGGAAGUCCGCAUGGACCGUCUCCUACCGCACAUGCACAACAUCAUAGAGUACAUGCUGCAGAGGACUCAGGACCAGGAUGAGAACGUGGCUCUGGAGGCCUGUGAGUUCUGGCUGACACUGGCUGAACAGCCUGUCUGUAAGGAUGUGCUGUGUAACCACCUCUCCAAGCUGAUUCCGGUGCUCGUCAACGGGAUGAAGUACUCCGAGAUCGACAUCAUUCUGCUCAAGGGUGAUGUGGACGAGGAUGAUGAUGAGGCCAUCCCUGACAACGAGCAGGACAUCAGGCCCAGGUUCCACCGCUCCCGUACCGUUGCCCAGCAGCACGAGGGCGACCGCGAUGGCAUCGAGGACGAUGACGACGAUGACGAUGAUGAUGACCUGGACGAUGAUGACACCAUCUCUGACUGGAACCUCCGUAAGUGUUCAGCAGCAGCGUUGGACGUGUUGGCAAACGUGUUCAGAGACGACCUGCUCCUCCCCAUCCUGCCUCUCCUCAAAGAGCUCCUCUUCCACCCAGAGUGGGUCAUCAAGGAGUCUGGUAUACUGGUCCUGGGGGCCAUCGCUGAGGGUUGUAUGCAGGGUAUGAUCCCCUACCUGCCAGAGCUCAUCCCCCACCUGGUGCAGUGUCUGAGUGAUGAGAAGGCCCUGGUGCGCUCCAUCACCUGCUGGACCCUGAGUCGAUAUGCCCACUGGGUGGUCAGCCAGCCUCCUGACACCUAUCUGAAGCCACUGAUGACUGAGCUCCUCAAACGCAUCCUGGACUCCAACAAGAGGGUGCAGGAGGCCGCCUGCAGUGCCUUUGCCACUCUGGAAGAGGAGGCGUGUACAGAGUUGGUUCCCUACCUGGCCUACAUCCUGGACACUCUGGUGUUUGCCUUCAACAAGUACCAACACAAGAACCUGCUUAUACUGUACGAUGCUAUAGGGACGCUCGCUGACUCCGUUGGACACCACCUCAACAAGCCGGAGUACAUUCAGAUGCUGAUGCCUCCACUGAUAGCAAAGUGGAACCAGCUGAAGGACGUGGACAAGGAUCUGUUCCCUUUACUAGAGUGCCUGUCGUCAGUAGCCACAUCUCUCCAGAGUGGUUUCCUGCCCUACUGUGAGCCUGUGUACCAGCGCUGUGUCAACCUGGUGCAGAAGACCCUCGCUCAGGCCAUGCUCCACCAGUCCCAGCCAGACCAGUACGAGGCUCCUGAUAAGGACUUUAUGAUUGUGGCUCUGGACCUGCUCAGUGGACUGGCCGAGGGGUUGGGCGGCAACAUCGAGCAGUUGGUUGCCCGUAGCAACAUCCUCACGCUCAUGUACCAGUGCAUGCAGGACAAAAUGCCGGAGGUGCGGCAGAGCUCCUUUGCUCUGCUGGGUGACCUGACUAAAGCUUGUUUCCAGCAUGUAAAGCCAUGCAUCGCUGAUUUCAUGCCUAUACUAGGCACUAAUCUGAACCCAGAGUUGAUAUCCGUGUGCAACAAUGCAACGUGGGCAAUCGGAGAGAUAUCUAUACAAAUGGGGGCUGAGAUGCAGCCCUAUGUGACCAUGGUGCUGCACCAGCUGGUUGAGAUCAUCAACAGGCCCAACACCCCAAAGACCCUGCUGGAGAACACAGCAAUAACAAUUGGUCGUCUUGGUUACGUUUGUCCUCAAGAGGUGGCACCCAUGCUACAGCAGUUUAUAAGACCCUGGUGCACCUCUCUAAGGAACAUAAGAGACAAUGAGGAAAAAGACUCAGCGUUCCGAGGCAUCUGCACUAUGAUCAGUGUCAACCCUGGAGGAGUGGUACAGGACUUUAUAUUUUUCUGUGAUGCAGUUGCCUCGUGGGUAAAUCCAAAGGAUGAUCUGCGAGACAUGUUCGGCAAGAUCCUCCAUGGGUUCAAGAACCAGGUGGGCGAGGAUAACUGGAGGCGUUUCUCAGACCAGUUCCCACUGCCUCUGAAGGAACGGCUGGCGGCCUUCUACGGGGUGUAAUGCUUUCCAUAGGAACAUACCUGUUCAAGGGGGUCAUUCACUAUGGGAGACGACUGACGGGGAACCUCUUAUACCCAGGGAACAUGUUACCCUUUACUGGGGGUAGGGUCUGCCAGCUGGGGAGGGAGGGGGGUGCGGACCGGGACCCUCCUCAACCUUCUUGACGGGCGGGGUGGGAGGGAGGUGUUAGCCAGCAGAGGCAGUCAACGCCCCCCAAGCAACAGGCGAGGGGGACACGGGGGAACCAACAGGCUAACUUAAUCAAGGGAGGAAACAUUUAUUUAAUCAUUUCAACAUCUCAUUCAGAAAUGAAAAGACAGCGUAACCAUUUUUGUUUUCUCUUUUUAUUUUAUUUGUCAUUCGAGCUCUCCAGCGACUCUACUACUGAGUGGACAUUUGAAUCAAAAUGCAGGAAAAAAAACAAUGCAAAACUUUGUAAAUGCUUCUGUUGUUUAGUUGUGGUAAAAUCAUUGCUUUAUACUUACCAGGGGGGGGGGGGGUAGUGCUGAUUGAGGGUCCGAUUUCAGUUAAGAGCUUUUAAAUCUAUUCGUAUCGACCGGAAAGUGCCACUCAGAUAAGUGUAGGGGGAGCGAGUGUAGAACUAGAGAGAAUGAUACCGACCAUAGAAUUGAUAUGGGGGUGGUUAUAAAAUAGCGUAGUGGGCAUAGAAAUGACAUUAAAAGUCUCAAAGAAAACAACAUAGCAGCUGUCCUCAACUGCCGGGGGGGGGGGGGGGGGGGACACACACGGCCUUUGCAUAUCUUUGAAUAACAAUAGCAGGCUAUCUUUUAUUGUAGUCAUCAAUCAAAGCAAUUGCAUUGAGUUAAUGAAAGAAAAAUUGGUAGUGGCAUAUUUAAAGUAAUAGAGUAAUAAACAGUAUUUUUAUGGCAGGUCAGAAGCUGUGUUGAAUAAACCAUUCAGUCAAACACGUCAGACAGAAAGAGUGCAUAUGAUUCUAUAUUUGUUGUGGUUGAAAGUGACUUGUCUUAAAAACAGGAAAAUAACUAAGUAGCAUGCUUACAUCAAAGUGGGUAAGGAGGGUGUACAUCAGUAGAGUGAUCUGUGUGUUGCAUCAUCAGAUAGUUGUGGUAUUUCUUGCAUAGCCUUGUGAUAAGGUUUCUUAAACAAACAUGUAGUUUGUCCUUUUUCAGUUUUCUGUCCGCCCACCACCCCCUAUGUUUACCAGACGUUUUCCAGUCAGUGUCUAGCAUGAACUGGGUUUACAUACAUACAAUAUAGAAACAUACAAGUCUGAUAUUGAUAUUCUCAUCUAGUUGAAUCCAUAUACUGUAGCAGGGUUUUGGUUGUGAUUCUAAAAAGAGACCUUGAACACUGCUACAUACAUGUUAAAACUCUGAGGUAAACUCUCAGGCUGCCUCUGUCCUGUGGUGUGGAAGUGAUGUGUUCUGUGUGCAUGGAUGUUUUACUAGCUGCCAUAAUAUCAGCUUUCCUGACCCCGUAUUGUUUUAAAUAUCAAAUUCUGUCUUUCUCACAUUUGUGAAAACAGUACUUGGACUAUAUUGUUUAACCGUGUCAAAGGGAGGGGGGUAUGGAAACAGCAUACAGGGCUUUAGCUGAAAAUGUUCACCCUUUUGUUAUUAGGACUGUAACACAAGUCCUCCUGUCUUGAUAGUGUGUCUGUCUGUGACCUUUGUUGGUUGUCAAUCCAAAACUCAACAGUAAGCAAUUGUAAAAAAAACAACAACAACAACAAAAAAAGGGGGAAAAAGUUUUAUGUACUGUGUUUUUUUUAUUAUUGUUGGUUUGCUUUUUUUGUGAAAAGCAUGAUCUUUGAGGAUGAUUGUAAUGACUGUUUUGAAUGCAAGGUUUUUGAAUGCUUGAUUCCUUGCAUGUUGGUGGUCCUUUUACAUCCCAAACUAGACAGGGGGAGGUGCAUUUCAAUUGAACUAAAACGUUAAGGAAAUUCUUAUUUAUUCACUACCCCAUUUCACUGACAUACAAUAUCAGACUUUUAUUUUGAAAGUUCAACUUUUAUCUCAUACAUACCUGCAGGACGAUUUUCCCCUUCACCUAUAACUCACAUGCACAUGUAUUGUUUGUUUUCUUGUUAAAUACUGUGAAGUUAGAACUUAAAGAAAAAAAUAUGUUUUUUGUUCCUUUUUGUUUUGGUGUGUUAUUCUUUUGGCUCCGUAAAGUGCAAAAGUCUUGAGGUCGUUGAUUACCUGAAUGUAUCCCAUGGUGGGUGGGAAUACAGUUUUAUGCCCAGCCAACCAAUCAGAUUCACUCUGCAGGUCAGAGUAAUUGUUGCAGUAUUUUGUCUGCCUCGCAGGGCAUAUUAAAAGCACUUGUUCAGACAAAUUUA